AUUUUCUCUAAAUGUGCUAGUGGUAUUGAAUUGAUUGGUUAUGUUGAUUCUAACUAUGCAAAUGAUAGAGAUAACAGGAAGUCGACCACUUCUUAUGUUUUUACUUUGUGUGGCUCUUGCAUUAGUUGGAAGUCUCAACUACAACCUAUUGUGGCCCUUUCUACCACUGAGUCCGAGUAUGUUGCAGCCACAGAAGCGUUUAAGGAAGCCAUCUGGCUCAAACGCCUUGUCUCCGAAAUUGGGUUUCUCAAAAAGGGAGUUACCAUUUUCUCGGAUAGCCAAUUGGCUAUCCAACUUUGCAAAAAUCCUGUAUUUCAUGAUAGAACUAAGCAUAUUGAUGUUAGGUUCCAUUUCAUACGUGAUAUUGUUGAUGCAGGUGGAGUCAAGCUGUGCAAGAUCCCAUCGGAGUUUAACCCCGCGGAUAUGGGUACCAAGUGUCUUUCUGCUGAGAAGCACUUGUCCUGUAAACGCGUGUUAAACUUUGACUGUGGAUAACUGUGGGUUGCGUAAUAAAGUGUUUGCCCGUUGUGUCUGUUGAUAUUCCGGGCGAUGAUGAGUCUUGUCACAACUUUGUAUUGUUACUCUACACCACCUAGGACCAAUAAGGUGGAGAAUGUUGGAGGUAUUGGUCCUACCAAGGCCUCCCUUCCACUUUAUUAGCUGAGGCUUGCACCCUAUUAAUUUACUCCCUCUUUGACACCUUUACCUUGGUAUAUUACCUGAUCAAUUAUAUACCUGGAUUGCUACCCCAUUGCUUCUGUCCGCUGCAACCUGUUUUUUUGGCUUAGCUUUUACCCGUGAGUGUCCUUACCACCUUGUGAUUGUCCUUGUUGUCUGCCCAUAGGCUGGCAGCCUACUAUAAGUCAACACUCUUCCUUGCCUUUGUGAAAUAAGCCUGCGAGAAACACUUCCAGAGAGCAGUGUCUUCCUUCUUCCUCUUUGUGAGUUCCUUUGUGGUUAGAAGAAGAGAGUUUAGAGAUAGGUGUGCUAUAGCUUCCCCUAGAGUGGUGUAUGUGAGUAGUGUGUGUAGAAAGACCUGAGCCGGAGACGGAAUCCAUACCUUACAUUACUGUUUUGAUCUGAGCCAAACCACACCGAAAACAUUUUGAGUCGUCCUACUAUUUGAACACUGGAUGAAGAAUCCUAACUUCGUUGAGAACCGUAGACUUGAUUACUUGAAGGCCUGAAGAGAGGUUGAAAAGUGCAACAACAUAACAACACCCUAAUUGAGAUGAAAUAAGGAUAUGACGUGAAAGAAAUCAACAACUAGUCAAAAAAGCUUCAUAUGGCAUUCUCGCUCAAGGUCAAAAAGGGACCACAGCUGCGGCUCAUCGGAGGAUGGUGGCAGCGAACUCGCAGAAGGGUGGUGGCUGUUGGACCAAAUAUUUGACGGGUUGAUUCUACAUAUGUUGGCCGUUAGAACGUUUUUAUGUAUUAAUAUGGUCAUUAAUAUGAUUAAGGAGAUAGUUAAUUAUAGCUGACAAGUAUUUAUGACGGGUCUAAAACCGUCGAACCAAUCCAUCGGCCAA